AAAUUUGAUGUUAAACGGGUUCGUUUCCGGCCAGUAGAAGUGAGUCGAGUGAGUGUUGUAAGGGCAACGCUUGUUUUCUCCUUUCAUCGUCAAACCGCGCCGGAGCUUGCAGUAGAGAGAUUUCUCAACAAGAAAAUGUUGUUCUUCUCGUAUUUCAAAGAUUUGGUAGGGAGAGAAGUGACGGUGGAACUAAAGAACGAUUUGGCAAUAAGGGGCACCCUUCACUCCGUCGACCAAUACCUCAAUAUUAAGCUCGAGAAUACUAGGGUUGUUGAUCAAGACAAGUUCCCUCACAUGCUUUCAGUGAGGAACUGUUUCAUCAGAGGCUCAGUGGUGAGAUAUGUCCAGUUGCCACCAGAAGGAGUGGACAUUGAACUGCUUCAUGAUGCGACUAGGAGAGAAGCUCGAGGUGGAUAAAUUCUGUGGAUAUUUUCUCCCAUGAAGGUUUCAUGUUUCAAAUAUUUUAGCUGCAAGUAUUUGUACUGUGAAUUUGUUAUUGACAUCUCCUAAGGAUAUUGAAUCAUGUAGUUGUAUCCCAGAGAUUACACACUCAGAUCUGAAUGCCUUAAUUCUGAAAUGUUAGCUUCAGAUGAUUCUAAUUGUAAUUCUGUGGAUGAUUAGAUAACUAAAGACAUUGGUAUACUGAAUUUCAACCGUGUGCUAUUUUUAUUAUUAUGUGGGAAAAAUCUAAAAGAUUCUGUGCUGAUA